UAGAGGGGCGGCGCGGGACCCCGGAGGCGGCUGCGGCGCCCGAACGGGGCGGCGGGAGCUGCGUGCUGUGCUGCGGUGAUCUGGAGGUCAUGGCCCUGGGCCGCUGCGACCACCCGGUGUGCUACCGCUGCUCCACCAAGAUGCGGGUGCUGUGCGAGCAGCGCUACUGCGCCGUGUGCCGCGAGGAGCUGCGCCAGGUGGUCUUUGGGAAGAAGCUUCCGGCUUUCACCACAAUCCCCAUCCACCAGCUGCAGCAUGAGAAGAAAUAUGACAUCUAUUUUGCUGACAGAAAGGUGUUUGCGUUAUACAGGCAGCUGCUGCAGCACGAGUGCCCACAGUGCCCCACGCUGCCGCCCUUCGGCCUCUUCGGCGACCUGGAGCAGCACAUGCGGAGGCAGCAUGAACUCUUCUGCUGUAAGCUGUGCCUCAAGCACCUCAAGAUCUUCACAUAUGAGCGCAAAUGGUACUCACGCAAGGACCUGGCACGGCACCGCAUGCAGGGAGACCCGGAUGACACGUCGCACCGUGGGCACCCGCUCUGCAAGUUCUGUGACGAGCGCUAUCUGGACAAUGACGAGCUGCUCAAGCACCUGCGGCGUGACCACUACUUCUGCCACUUCUGCGACGCCGAUGGCGCUCAGGACUACUACAGUGACUACGCAUACCUACGAGAGCACUUCCGGGAGAAGCACUUCCUGUGUGAGGAGGGCCGCUGCAGCAUGGAGCAGUUCACCCACGCCUUCCGCACUGAGAUUGACCUCAAGGCCCACCGGACCGCCUGCCACAGCCGCAGUCGUGCCGAGGCCCGCCAGAACCGCCAGAUCGACCUGCAGUUUAGCUACACUCCCCGUCACCUGCGCCGGGGUGAGGGGGUUAUCGGUGGUGAGAACUAUGAGGAGGUGGACAGGUAUAACCGCCAGGGCCGACUGGGGCAGGCCGGAAUACGCGGAGCCCAACAGAGCCGCCGUGGAAGCUGGAGGUACAAGAGGGAGGAAGAGGACCGGGAUGUGGCAGCAGCCAUCCGGGCCUCAGUGGCCACGCAGCAGCAAGAAGAGAGGCGCAGGAGUGAGGACUGCAAGGAGGGCAGCCGGGCCAAGGAGGAGGUGGUGGCACAGGUGUCCGAGGAGCCCCAUGGUGUCCGGCACCCACCCUGCACUCAGGGUGAAGGUCCAGGCUCCAAGGAAGCCUCAACAAAUGGUCCCAUGAGUCAAGAGGCCUUUCCCCCCUCGAGCCCAGCUGUGGGGGUCCCACCUCCAAGCAUCCUGCCGCCUGUGCCAAAGCUCAAGGACGAGGACUUCCCCAGCCUGUCUGCUUGCUCUGCGCCAGCCACCCCUGCCUCUGCAGGGCUGGCACUCCCAUAUCCAGUUCCUGCCAGGGGCAGGGGCACUUUCCAGGAGGAAGACUUCCCUGCCCUGGUGUCCUCGGCAUCCCGGCCCAGCACUGCCCCCACUAGCAUCAUCUCCGCUUGGUACAGCAGCAAGAAGGUGAUGCAGUCUUCCUCGGGGGUCCAGGCUGCUGGUGGGGGCCAGUCCACCAGAAAAGCUGGGAAGGGGAGUGGCAAGGGCAGCCGGAAGGAGGAAGAGGCGGCCCCGUGGGAGUUGUACAGCUUGCCCUCCACUGCCCCCACCUCCUCCCUGCAGGCACUAGCCUCCUCCCAGGCCAUCACCAAGGGCAGCCGCAAGAAGAAAGUUGGCUCUGAGAAGCCCAGGGCCACGCCACCUCCACCCCUUGACCACACCCCAAAAGCCCCUGAUAAAGAUGGGCUGCCUGGGGCUGAAGAGGUCCCCACCAUCCCCACUGGCAGAGCCGAGGGACCAGCUGCCGUCAUCAUCAAUGGACACGCUGAGGGACCAGCCCUGGCAUGCGGUGCCCCUAAGGAGCCCCCCAGGCUCCCAUGGUCCCUGGGGCCCCUGCCCUGCCCCACACUCCAGGAAGACUUCCCAGCGCUCGGUGGCCCUUGCCCACCCAGGAUGCCGCCUCCCCCAGGGUUCAACACUGUGGUGCUGCUGAAGGGUGCAACGCCCCCGCCCCCACCAGGGCUGGUGCCCCCUGUGAGCAAGCCACCCCCCGGCUUCUCUGGCCUCUUCCCCAGCCCCCAGCCUUCCUGCGUGCCCAACACCACCACAAAAGCGCCCAGGCUGAGUCCCCCGCCCCGGGCCUACCUGGUCCCUGAGAACUUCCGGGAGAGGAACCUGAAGCUGAUCCAGUCCAUCAAGGACUUCCUGCAGAGCAAUGAGGCCCACUUCAGCAAGUUCAAGAGUCACUCGGGGGAGUUCAGACAGGGUGUGAUCUCCGCGGCCCAGUAUUACAAGAGCUGCCGGGACCUGCUUGGGGAGAGCUUCCAGAAGAUCUUCAAUGAGCUGCUGGUGCUCCUGCCCGACACAGCCAAGCAGCAGGAGCUGCUGUUGGCACAUGCAGACUUCCACAGCCACGAGAAGCCUCCAGGCACCAAGUCAAAGAAAAGCAAAAAGAGCGCAUGGCAGGCCAGCACCCAGACGGCAGGCCUGGACUGCUGCGUGUGCCCCACCUGCCAGCAGGUGCUGGCACACGGUGACGUCAGCAGCCACCAGGCGCUGCAUGCCGCCCGGGACGAUGACUUCCCCUCCCUGCAGGCCAUCGCCAGGGUCAUCACGUAGCGUCUGCCAGUGCGGGCAGGAGCUGCUGCACCCAUGAGCCUCCCCUCGUCUUCCUCCCUCCCCUUGGGCUGCAGGCAGCCAGGUGAGGCUGCCCACUCAGGCCCUUUGGCCACCAGGGAGGCCCCCUGCCCCACUGGCAAGAGGUCACACAGGAGUUCCACCUGGUUUCCUCUUGGACAGGGCAGACCCUUGUCUCAGCAGCAGAUCGGUCUUGGUUUGUAUUCUCUUGAUUUUGGAAGGUGCCAGGGAGGGAAGGGCCAGGAUGCUGGAGCCUGUCCUUGCUGUCCCAGCGGCCUUGGCGGCCCACGCUGGGCUCUCCGGAGUUGUGGGCUGUAGCACCUAUGGCCCCCCAGAGCCAGAAGCUGCAGAUGCUGGAGCCAGAUGUUGAGUGUGUUGUGUAAACAGUUGGCUGUUUCAUGGUUCAAGAAUGUUCAGGAUCAAAAGCAGACGCAAAAUCGUGCUACUUGAAAUCAAAUCUUUAUGAGACAAGCUGAAUUUAGGAUCUCAAAUUGCCUCUGACCUUUUAUAAGACAGUUUAUCAUCAAAUAAAU